CGUGUGCGUCAAACGAGAUCAGCGUCUCGUGAAUCCUACGGCCCAUUCCCCCCCGAUCCCCUCCCACUUUUUCGUGCUUUACUCCAAAGCGCAAGGCGCCUUCUCGCUUCCGCCCCUCUCCUUCCUCCUCGCCCUCCUCUCCGCCCGCCGCCUGCUCGCCGUCCGAUCCGCCGCCCCCCGUCCGUCUCCAUGGGUCUGCUGUCCAACAGGAUCGGGAAGGAGAGCCUGAAGGCGGGGGAUCACAUCUACUCGUGGAGGGCCGCGUGGGUCUACGCGCAUCACGGAAUAUAUGUGGGCGAUGAUAAGGUGAUUCAUUUUACCAGAGGAAGGGACCAAGAAGUCGGAACAGGAACUGUCAUUGAUUUUCUUCUUGUGAGCUCUGGCCCUAAUAGGAGCACCACACCAUGCUUAGUAUGCAGCAGCGAAGAAGCCACCACCGCCGCGGAGACAAAUGGUGUGACUUCCUCUUGCCUCAGCUGUUUCCUGGCAGGGGGUGCCCUCUAUCGUUUCGAGUAUGACGUCAACCCGGCACUCUUCCUUGCCAAAGUGCGAGGAGGGACCUGCACGCUUGCCGCCACUGAUCCCGGCGAGGUGGUUGUCCGACGCGCCAAAUACUUGUUGACCAAUGGUUUCAGGUGCUACAGCCUGUUCAAGAACAACUGCGAGGACUUUGCGAUAUACUGCAAGACUGGUCUGCUUGUGGCUGAGCAGGGCAACGUCGGGCUCGGGCAGAGUGGGCAGGCUGUGUCCAUCAUCGGUGGCCCUCUUGCUGCUGUGGUUUCAACCCCUUUCCGCCUAGUAACCACAAACAUCUAUGGAGUGGCAGUGAUGGCUGUUGGGGUGUACUGUGUCAGCAGGUACGCAGGUGACAUUGGCAACCGCCGAGACGUGCUGAAACUGGAAGUGGAGGACCUGACUGCCGGGCUCGCAAGCGGCCGGAUUCGUCCAGCGAACAUCAGUCAGCUGGCAACUCCGGGGCAAGUCCAGGCUCCGGCAGUGACCACACUCGUUGCUGCUUAGAAUGCAGCACUGAUGUUGUAAAAUAUGGAGAUGUAUACAUCACCAUCACUACUGCUAUAUGUACCACCGGAAUAGUUGUUCAAACCUGCUAAAACUGUGCCAAGAGUGAAAUUCCCAUUCAGCAAGAGCUGUGUGUCGAGUGCUGUAUCCGCUACGGUCGUGUAUGGUUUCUCUUUAGUAUUGUAAAGAAGGUUGAACAUUGGUGUGUGGUUUUCUUGAAUUUGUAUCAAGAUCUCUACUCCUGUCUA